AUGGACGACACUGCUGCCACCGACACUGCGGCCACCCCAGGCCACAGCCUGUCCCAAUCUGUCUCGUUCAUCCCCGUCCCCGUGAAGCGCAGCUCGGUGCAAUCGGUACGCAGCUCAACUGGCCCUGGCUCGCCAGUGAUGCGAGGCCAUCGGCGACGCACCUCAGCCAUGAGCGCUCGCAGCCAUACAAGCGGAGACGAAGGGAGCAUACGCACUCCCCUCAGUGUGGCUUCUGGAUACAGCCACAGACGAAUGCAGGACAGCAUCUCGGACGUUGGCUCGCCGCUCGUCGAUAAUGGGGCAUUUGCCCAUUUCGACGUUGACGCGUACGGGGCCGCCGAAUUUGAUGACAUGGAACGAGUGCGCGCCAUGACCUUGUCGACAUUGAGCAAGCCGCAGCGACCUCGUGCUCUGCCCAACGCCCCUCGCCCCACGUCUCGCUCGUCUGGAUCGUUUGACGUUCGUCGACGAACUGGAACCUCUGUCUCGUCGCCCGUCACGCCAAUGUCUGCUGUUCCGCUGUCACUGCAAGAAACACCGUUGUCCCGCGCAGACAAGCGGAUGAGCCUUUCGCGUAUCCCUCGUUCAACUGUGACGCAUGCCGUGUCUCAGUACAACUAUGCCAUCACACGAGCGGGCGGCGUCUCGCCGACGUUGUCUGAAGAGUACCUCGAAACAUUAACGACCAACACCCCAUCACGUCCCGACGGCGAAACCCCCCGCUCGCCCAACAGCCGCCGUCGCGCACCCACUACAUCCAGGCCACAUCCUACGUCCCCCACGACCGGCCGCCUGUCUCUCGGCGCGUCUGGGAAGAGCUCAAAGAUGAUUGACGCGCUCCAGACCGAGCUAGAACAAACAAAGGCACACCUCGACAGGGCGAAAGCCGAGGUCCGGGCCUGCCACCACGAGAUAGGCACCCUCACUAGCCGGACCGAGGACUUGCGUGAGACCCGGGAUCGCAUGCGAACAGAGGCCGAUGCGCUCAACAAUGUCAUCAACCGCAAGGAACGCAUGGUCACGGAUGUCCUUGCGCGUGCUCGCACUGCGGAGGCUACCGUCCAGCAGUACACCACUGAGCGGCAAGAGUUUGAGCAACGCUCCAAAGAGGUCGAGGCCGAGGCGCGCGAAAGGGUCGAAAAGGAGUUUAUGGCCCGCGUCAAGGCAGAGGCAGAGGCAGAAGCUCUCCGUGACAGCGUACGCUCCCUCCGUGCAGUUUGGCAGCGUGAGGUCGAGGCAUACCGCAACGAGGUCAGCCGCAUGGCCGAUCAGAUGCGUGCGGAGCGUGAGACGGCGGGCGUCAAGCGCGACGAGGUGAUGGCUUUGGUCAACAAGCAAACGGACGAGCACAAGCAUGUUGUCACCCUCGUGGACGAGGUCAAUGCCAAGCACGCGGCUGCGUCGUCGCGGUUCGAGGCCGAGGUGCGCGACAUGCGUGCCCAGGUGGACGCCCACGCCCAAGACGCCGACAACUCGCGCCGCAUUGCUCGUGCUCUUGCACUCGAGCUUAUAAAACUCCGUCGCGCCGCUGAGCAGUACGACCGCCCAGACCUGCACGCCGUCGUCCAACAGAUUGCUGCCAUGGGUACCGACCUCGACGAUAUCGGUGCUGGCAUCGACGUUGCCAACGAGUCCACCGAGGUUGACGAGGGUCUGGUCUUGAGCACUGGCACGAGCAACCGCUCUGCUGCCGCUGCCUAA